GCUUGCGUCCGUGCGCCACGCCCGCGGGCGGGUCCUCCAUGCCGAACACCGCCAGGAGCCGCUUGAUGGCGUCCGAGCGGACCUCCUCCGACCGGCCUCGGGUGGACUCGGUCGCGUCGGCCUCCUGCAGGCUCUCGCAUUCACGUUUGGAAGCCUCUGCAAAGUCCGUCUGCGUGGGAGGAGCCCGGAUUACAGCCCUUGGGACAUUACGGGCCACUAGAUGAUCCCGGCACAGCAGCGGCGAGAUAUGGGAAACGUCAGCCGAGAGUGGCGUCUUACACAUGUGGACGCUUUUACAUCAACUCCUCUGCGAGCUAACUCCUAUGUGGGCUGCUAGUCAUGUAUUUGAACAAUAAGAGCCACGCGGAGCGCAACAAGAAGAACAUCAAACAAUGGGGUCGCCCCAGACAGCACCCAGAGAAGGUGUUGAAACGGGCAUCCCGGAACACGGCAGAGACGAACCAAAAGCCGGAUAGGAAGGAAAUCAAAGUGGAGCAGGAGGCGGCGCGGCACACGGCCUUCUCCAAGGUGUCCUACGACCUGAGCCACUCGCAGAGGGUGACGGAUGAGCUCGCAUUUGGACGGCGGGUGGGCUUCUAUGAGCUCAGAGGGGAGAUCGGAUCCGGGAACUUUGCUCAUGUCCGACUCGGCAUACACGACUUGACCAAAGAGAGAGUGGCGGUGAAAGUCUUGGAGAAAGCCCGGCUGGACGAGCGCUCGCAGGCACUGUUGGCCUCGGAGAUCUUGUGCAUGGAGAAGCUGGCCCACCCCAACGUCGUUCGCCUGUACGAGGUGGCGGAGACCCCCAAGCGCUUGUACCUGCUCAUGGAGUACGCCAGCGGCGGGGAGCUCUUCUCCCACAUCUGCGCUCGCGGACGCCUCUCCGACCUGGAGAGCAAGCUGGUGUUUGCUCAGCUGCUGGCCGCUGUGGAGCACAUGCACGACAGCAACAUCGCGCACCGAGACUUGAAGGCGGAGAACGUGUUCCUCACCAGCACCUGCUGCGUCAAAGUGGGCGACUUUGGUUUCAGCACGUUGUGCCGCCCCGACGAGGUGCUGCGCGCGCUCUGCGGUUCCCUGCCGUACGCCGCGCCCGAGCUCUUCGGGCGCUCGGGUUACGUGGGCCGCCACGUGGACAUGUGGGCGCUCGGCGUCCUCCUCUACUUCAUGACCACCGCCGCCAUGCCCUUCGCGGCCGCCAACGAGGGCAGGCUGAGGCGCUGCAUCCUGCAGGGCUCCUACGGCGUGCCCUCCUACGUUCCGGCCCCCUGCGGGGAGGUCAUCCGGGGCCUGCUGAGACCCGUCCCCGCCGACCGCCUCAGCGUGACCAAGGUCAUGUCCUGCGAGUGGCUGAGGGGCGUCGACUAUCCGCGAGCGUACCUGGCUUGCCGCCCGACGCCCGCGCACCUCUGCGGGCCGCCCGCCGCCCUCACUUCCGACGAGCUGAGCGUCAAAGCGGCGUUGGAGGAGCUGGGUGUGACGGAGCGCCACCUCCUGGACAACGGGCCCGGCCUGAGGAGCCCCGUCACCGGCGCCUACCGCAUCCUGCUGCACCGAGUCCAGAGGAGGACGUCGGCGGAAGCCAUGGGCUACGGCUACGUGCGCAUGACGGAGACGCGCGACAGACUCAAGCGGCUGGACAAACGCGCCUCGGCCGUUUGUAUCGUCAUGUAAGCAGGCUGUAAGUUGGAAACAAAGAAACACACAAAAUUCAAAGGAACAGAAGCAAAGAAUUGAUUUUCACCCACGGGUAUGGAUUUGGAAUUUGAAUACGAACAUCAUGGCAAGGUUGACUGGACAUUUAUGAGGUAUUCAAGAGCCUUGACGUCCAGGCCAUUUCUGGUGACAGUGAGCUCAAUUCAACUUUAGCGUAAGGAGGCAGUUUGGCAAAUAGUGAACAAUUCAUGAAAAAAAGAGGCUUCAAACUGCCACUCUUGGUUGCCACAUGCCGUGCUAACCGUUAGCAUGCCGUGCUGACGGUUAGCAUGCCGUGCUAACGUUUAGCAUGCCGUGCUAACGGUUAGCAUUGAUAGCUGCGACUUUAAAACAUGUGGGCGGAUAGCACAACAGUAUCCUUCGACGACCUUAUGACCAAGUCAAUACACAUGAACAUAAAGCACAGCGACUUUGAGUGGCUAAGCAGUUUUAUUGUCACAAUGUUGAAGCAAGCGCUCAUGCUACACACAGUUCAGAUUCACAUUUUAUGGUUUCCAUUUGCACGUAAACACUGUUUCGUCAUGUCAUGGUCACGCGUCGUCACAAUAAAAAGUCAACAGUGAAAGUCGAAACGUCGAUUGGCUUUUUCUCCAGGAGGGGGGGGGGGGGCUCACUCAACCGAUCAAGCGACUCUUUUGGCGCUGUAAAAACAAACAAACAAAGAAAGGGCAGUUUUACGAUGCACUACAUCAAAGAAAUAAGGAGAAACGUGAUGAAAACGAUCAAAGACCUUUGGGGCGGCCUUCUUGACGUGUUUGACGGCUUUCUUGUCGAUGUUGGCCAUCAGCUCCUGCACCCACGUCUCUUGCGGGUCGCAACAGUACACGCGGCCUUUCCACAUGGUGAAGCUGCAAGGACGGGACCAAAGAAGGAAUUCAGUCAACGGUCUACACUUUGUUGAAUUUCGAUAAUAGAGUGGAGAAAAAACAAAAAACCCAAAACAUGCGCCUGAACUAUGCCUCAGAUUUGCUUUUUUCACUAUUUGACAGCCGCCCCACAAUGUGUGUAAUAGGAACUUUUUUCCUGAAUGGCAACUUUUCUAAAUCAUUUUUUGCUACUUUUACCUGAUGAGCCUAAGCGGAAUGGAAAACGAAUUGCUACAUUGGGAACAUGCGCUCGUUUGCACGCAGCUCACUGCGCACGGGUGUGCUCACAUGACGGCGCGGAUGUUGCAGCCUCCGUCCGUUUCUUGAAUUCUGUACUUGACCGCACGCGCCUGCGUCUUUUUGUUGAGCUCUUUCACGUAGGUCAGGCAGCAGUCGUCGUACGACACUGAAGAGAGGAAAAAUAAAGACGCGUUGGCUCAACAAAAAUUGAAAAUCAGAAAAGUAGUAGUUGCUCCUAAUGCUGCGUCAUCAGUAGAUGACUGAGGAAACGGCGUAAAGCGCUCUGAUGUCCCGGGGUAGAAAAGCGGCACCACGUUCACCGUUUACUAUUGAUUUCCAAUCCACAAGUGGAUUCCAGUCGGUGUAAUGAAGGCUCCAUGUCCUCCCUUCACCCCACGCGGGCAAUCAGCAAAAACCCUCACUACGCUUUAUCUCCCGUGGUAUGUCGCCGUCAUAAAAUAACAAUAAA